CUUCUUUCACCCUUCUCGAGUACAUUCCCUGCCUUAGCGCUUCUUUCGCACGUUGUAACAUAUCCUCCACAAUAAUCACGAUUGCGCUCACUCAUCCUCCAUCCGCUAUUUCCAUCGGUCGAGAUCUAGUCCUGGUAGAACGACUUCGGAAGAACUGGCUGGCCAGACUCUCGAGAUGUCUUAUCCCGUCGCCACAUAGCACGUUCACGGCUUUUCAGCAGCAUUGAUCGCUGUCAUCGAUCAUGUCUUCGCGCGACCGAACGCCGCCAAAGUCGGUUGGUCAACAUGCGACGAUACCUCUCCAAGACCUUUCCAGACCUCCAGACAGUGCGACCGGUGUUCCAGGUCCCUCGGCAAGCAGAGGACUCGGUCACAAUCCUCGCCAUAGCCGCACUCGGUCAAUACUGCCAGGCCGCCAGAGCAUCAACUACUCGCGUCUACAAGAAGACUCGCCCACAAGAGGAGGAAGUGCCUAUCGUUCUGGCGGGCUUUCUAUGAGGGGAGGCAGCGGAGGCGACUCUCCCGUGGAGGAUGCCGAAGGGUUCGCGACAGCGACGGUGGGUUUGGAUCUCAAUCUACCGGCCACACCUCCUAGUGUCGGCGUGAGACGGCCUACCAUCGUGACAACUGCCGCCGAUGGAGAAUCUGCUGAGGUUGAGAGUCUCUUCUCACCUCCUGAUUCAGACACGACUCCCUUGACCCACGGCCCCCGGGUUGCCUCCUCACUCAACACGUCCAGCUCCAUAUCCAGAGGUCAAAGGCACGAUAGACAAGGAAGGAGAUCCAGCGUGCAUUGGACUGAUGGCGAGUCGCCAUCCCUCGUCCGUGGACGCGGAUCACGUCUGGGCGACGAUCUGCAUGUGCUUGACACUGGUGCUGGACUACACCGCCGCAAAUCGAGUUCGGGUAGUGGCAUAAGUCGUUUAAGCCCCGGACGAACAGAGUCUGGCGAGCGAUCCAGAUCAAGGUCGCCUUCUAUAUCUCCAUCUCCAAUGGCUAGGGCGAACUCCAUUCUGCGAGAGAUCUCGCAACGUGUGGUCAACCUCAGUAAUGACUCCGACAUGGUCGAGCAGAGCAUUCGACGCAAGUCAUCUGUACGUGAACACAGGCGGCCAAGCACAUCUGCACCCGCCGUACCGAGCAUACCAGACAUACCAGCCGAAGCAGAAACGCCCUACGCUCCACCACCUUUGGAGAAAGUUCCAUCGAUCGUUGACACUUCACCUGCGCCCUUCACAUCUGUUAUGUCCGCGCCUGUUCGACAUCCAAAUCCGCUUCUCGGAAAGACGUGGGGCAUCUUUGGACCCGAGAACAGACUCCGAAAGUGGCUUUGCGAGAUCCUUAUCCAUCCUUUGACAGAACCAUGUAUUCUAAUCCUAAUCAUCGCACAAACAGUACUUCUUGCAGUCAAUGCGGCCUCUGACGCCGUUUAUCUUCAAUCGACAGACAGACAAUGGGGGAGCGGGUUCGACUAUGCGAUAUUCGGUCUAUUUGUGAUCUACACAUUGGAGUUGGUUGCUCGCACCAUUGUAUCGGGCUUCAUCUCCAACCCUCGUCAAAUGAGUACGAUCAAUCGAGAUGUAGGCUUUAGAAAAGGCGUCCUGCAAAAAGCGCACACCUUAUUUGCAGGCCAGCAAGUACGAGACAAGUUACCAGCGAACAACGAUGUACCUAACCAGCCCUCGAUCGUCCGCACAUUCACCGGCAUGCCAGAAAUUGACGGUCCGGGCCACAGUAAACAGCAGCAGAGGAUUCGCCUUGCUCAUCGUGCUUUUCUCAGACACUCUUUCAAUCGACUCGACUUUGUCGCCGUCGUGGCCUAUUGGAUUUCCUUUGCCAUGCAGAUGACCUCGGUUGAGAACAACAAGCACGUAUAUGUUUUCAACAUGCUGAGCUGUCUGCGGAUAUUGCGAUUGCUAGGCUUAACGGCUGGCACGUCAAUCAUUCUGAGAAGUCUGAAGAAGGCAGCGCCGCUUCUGGUGCAUGUGGCAUUCCUUAUAGGCUUUUUCUGGCUCAUCUUUGGUAUCGUCGGCGUACAGAGCUUCAAGUCCAGUCUGCGCCGGACUUGUGUUUGGGUUGGUGACGAUGGCUCUGGCCAAAAUUACUCGCUCAAUAUCGCGCCUGAAAAUAUCCAAUUCUGUGGCGGCUACCUGAAUGUGGCGACUGGAUUGCCCAUGCCGUGGCUCAAACCUGACGGUCGAAAUGGCACAGGAAGCGCGAAGGGAUAUUACUGCCCACAGGGAUCGCUUUGUGUUGAAGGUUCAGAAGGCCCCUACAACGGCACGGUCAGUUUCGACAACAUCGUGCAAUCGCUGGAACUUGUCUUUGUGAUUAUCAGUUCUAACACGUUUUCCGAUCUGCUGUACUAUCUCACAGAUACAGACUACCUUGCCGCAGCCCUUUUCUUCGCUGCUGGAAUUGUGGUCCUUAGUCUUUGGCUGGUCAACUUGUUGGUCGCUGUCAUCACAUCCUCGUUCCAGAUUAUUCGUGAGGAGAGCAGAAAGAGCGCAUUUACUGGAGAGCAAAUCGACCCUCCGAAUCUGGACGACGAAUCCAUGACGAAAACUAGCCAGCUCAAGAAGCUCUUCGACAAAACGCAUUAUCUCUGGAUUCUCAUCAUUGUCUACGAUCUGGUUGUUCAGAGCAUGCGUGAGGCAUACAUGAGCAACUUUCGCGAGAAGUUCAUCAUGGAUUCCGAAACUAUAGUCACACUCCUAUUGCUGCUGGAAAUCAUCUUACGCUUCCUCUGUGACUGGAGAAAUUUCUUUCGUGGUAAACGGAAUUGUUUCGAUCUCUUUCUGGCCAUCAUCACUUCGGUCAUGCAAGUACCGGCAAUUCGCAACUCGGGUCAACCAUAUGCGUGGCUUUCGGCUUUUCAGAUCGCUCGUGUUUAUCGAGUCGUAUUGGCUGUCAGGGUUACCCGAGAACUGGUCAUGCUCGUGUUUGGAAACAUUGUUGGUUUACUUAACUUGAUCCUGUUUGUGUUCCUAUUCACGUUCCUGGCCGCCAUUCUCGCCUCACAACUCCUCAGAGGUGAAACCCCUUCAGCAGAUGCAGCCGGGGAGACAGUGUAUGUCACCUUCUUCGACAUUUGGAACUCCUUUCUUGGGAUGUAUCAGAUCUUUUCGAGCGAAAAUUGGACAACACUCAUGUACAACGCCACCCAGUUCAAUUUGAUCUGGGACACAGCUUGGUUGAGUGCGAUGUUCUUCAUCCUGUGGUUCAUCAUCUCGAACAUGAUUGUCCUGAACAUGUUUAUUGCUGUCAUCCAAGAGAGUUUCGAUGUUUCCGAGGAUGAGAAACGUUUGCACCAGGUCAAGGCUUUUCUGAAGCAAAAAGAAGUCAGUGGCUCUUCCACUGGUAACCUAUCACUGGCGGCAGUGUUCAAGAUGGGCCGAGAUUCACUCAGGCACAGAGAUGCCCUUGAGUACGGCUCCGCAGCCGUCGAACAGCUUUUAAAAGAAGCUGUCGUCAAAGACUUCCUUGACGAUCAACAGGAAGGGCUCAGUAAGCGCCCAGUAUCUGUGCAGAUGCCUGAGGGGGUCGCAGUUGAGCCAGGUUUCUUUUCAGAGUAUUGGGGAAAGCUUGUAGGUCUCAACAAGCACAGAGAACCAAAUCCGUUCUACUCAAAUUCCGCUUUCACUCGUGCGAACGAAGAAUUCGACCCGCGGGCCGCCGCGAAAAGAGUCGUCAUGACUACUGAGAAUCGACGUCGUGCACAGCGACAAUAUCUGCAAAAACACCCCAACUACAACGUAUCUCUCUUCAUCUUCAAACCCACAAAUCCGCUAAGAAGACUCUGUCAAUAUCUUGUGGGUCCUGGACGAGGAGCAGAACGAGUUGAGGGAGUUUCGCCCUACCGACCAGCCUGGUACGCCUUCUCUGCAUUCACAUAUGCUGCCAUUGUCGCCAUGGUUAUCCUGGCCUGCAUCACCACUCCUCUGUACCAACGGGAUUAUUAUCUGAGCCACAAGCCGACUAUUCAAAACUGGUUCGUAUGGACCGACUUGGGGUUUGCAGCACUUUUCACGGCGGAAGCAGCCAUCAAAGCAAUUGCCGAUGGAUUCUUUUUCACACCCCAUGCAUACUUCCGAAGCGUCUGGGGCUUCAUUGACGCUAUCGUACUCACCACACUCUGGAUCAACGUCAUCACGACCAUGUAUCGCGAUGACGGUGUUUCCCGAGCCGUGGGUGCCUUCAAAGCGCUGAGAGCUUUACGGCUGCUCAAUAUCAGCGACACUGCACGGGACACAUUUUAUUCGGUCAUUAUCAUUGGCGGAUACAAACUCCUCGCUGCAGCGUUUGUGUCAUUGAGCUUGCUGAUUCCAUUUGCCAUUCUUGGUGUCAACCUAUUUAACGGUCAAAUGCAGGCUUGCAACGACGGCAAUUUUGCAUACAGCGUUCUCAACAACUGUGUUGGAGAGUUCAACUCCACUCCAUUCAACUGGCCUGUACUGGCUCCGAGACAGGUCGCCAAUUCAUGGUACUCUUUCGAUGAUUUUGGUAGCGCCUUGUUCAUCCUCUUCCAAAUUGUCUCUCAGGAAGGAUGGAUCAAUGUCAUGUGGUCUGGUACAAGCAUCACGGGGAAAGGGUUGCAACCUCAACCCUUUGCGUCACAAGGCAACGCUGUCUACUUUAUCGUGUUCAACCUUUUGGGAGCGGUUUUCGUGCUGACCUUAUUCAUCUCUGUCUUUAUGCGCAACUACACAGAGCAGACUGGAGUCGCAUUCCUUACUGCUGAGCAGCGCUCCUGGCUGGAACUUCGAAAGCUUCUACGGCAGAUUACACCAUCGAAACGAUCCCUCGGUGAAAGGUCCACCCGCGCUAGGAAGUUGUGCUAUGAUCUGUCAAUCAAGAAACGAGGCAAAUGGCAACGAUUUAUCACGACGAUAUUGGUCCUUCACUUGAUCGUUCUGACCGUCGACUAUUAUCCCGAACCAGCUUGGUGGGACACUUUGCGGGAGUGCAUUUUCCUAGGAUUCACCAUCGUCCUUAUCGUCAACAUUGCGAUCAGGAUCAUAGGGCUGUCUUGGAACCGCUUCCGCCGCAGCUCCUGGGAUGUCUAUUCGAUGUUCGCGCUGGCUGGCAUUCUGGUAACGUCUGUGAUGAGGUUCGCCGAGAUUAACAGCACCGGCUUCGAACAGCUACAUAAGCUCUUCCUUGUGUCUCUCACGUUUCUUCUUAUUCCACGGAACAAUCAGCUUGACCAACUAUUCAAGACAGCUGCAGCAUCCUUGCCAUUGAUUGCCAACCUUUUAGCAACCUGGUUCGUGCUGUUCUUGGUCUAUGCAAUCGCUUUCACUCAGGCCUUCGCCUUGACACGAUUCGGCGAAAACGAGAACAACAACAUCAACUUUCGCACUGUUCCGAAGGCUCUCAUUCUGCUUUUCAGGACAAGUAUUGGAGAAGGCUGGAAUCAGAUCAUGGAAGAUUAUGCUACCAUCGAGCCACCCUUCUGCGUUCGCGAAGAUAGUUUCUUCCAAAGUGAUUGCGGCAGCUCAGCUUGGGCUCGGGGUCUUUUCAUCUCUUGGAACAUCAUCAGCAUGUACCUGUUCGUGUCACUGUUUGUAUCCUUGAUUUUUGAGAGCUUCUCAUAUGUGUACCAACAAAGCAGUGGUAUGUCCAUUGUGAGCAGAGACGAGAUUCGGCGCUUCAAGCAAGCCUGGGCUGAUUUUGAUCCGAACGGUGACGGAUUCAUUUCAAAGGAACAGUUCCCGCGACUACUAGGCGAACUUUCCGGCGUCUUUCAGAUGCGGAUUUACGAUGGUGACUUUUCUGUACAACGUAUCAAAGAGGAUUGUGCCGUACAACCGGGUGAUCCUGUACCAACAAAUGCAAGAAUUGUCGACGGAAUUGACCUUGACAAACUGGCAGAACGAGUUAGCCAGAUACCAGUGGCUGAAAUUCGCCGACGGCGGGAACGAAUGAGGGUGUUCUAUGAAGAAGCUUUGCUCACAGCCGAUCCUGACCGCGGCAUCCCUUUUACAGCCUGCCUCUUCCUCUUGACACAUUACAAUGUGAUUACGGAUUCACGAAGUCUGCGGCUGGAAGAAUUCCUUCGACGACGAGCACGUCUGCAAAGAGUGCAGGAAACAAUACGUCGCAAUACUGUUGUUGGCUUUUUCGACACCAUUUAUUGGUCACGGAAAUUCAGGAAAGCCAUCAACAUGCGGCGCGAUUCACGCCUCGGGGCACCACCUGCGAUGACCGUCCCCGAGAUCUUUAUUGAGAACCCCGACGAUAAUAUCGAAAGCAGCAACAGCACCGAGCCACGAGACUUCACCUCGUCUACACCGUCAUAUUUGUCGAGGAAGGCAUCAUCGAACUUGCCACCAAUCAAUACCUCGUUACAAGGCAGACCUUCUCUCGACGCAGGAAGGCUCAGUUUCGAUCAAUCACCAACAGCAAGUCCGAUCAUGAGGACAAGGCUAGGUUCAGUGGACACCUCAUAUCAUGGCGCGAAUAGGUCAUCGCCAACGACGCCAACAUUGGGCCACAGCCGUCAAGGAAGCACUGCUAGUGGGGCGGGAGGACAAGGUGUUAUGGAAGAUUUUGACGCCUCAGCCUGGGGUGCCAGUUUGAGGAAGAGUUUUACGAUGAAAAGACCGCGAAUGGAUCGCGAUUGAGAACUUGAUGAAGGAUUAAUGACCGAUAUGAUCGACUGUACCUUUCUGUGUGAAUAAUUGAGAGAGCGAUACCCGCAGAAGCUUGAACAUAGCGAAGGCGU